GGCAGCCCGCUCAGCCCGCUCUCGCCCAGCCAGCCGAUUUCGCUUGACCCACGCCUGCUCAAGCCAACGCAACGCGCCUUGCAACGCCCCUCAAGCACCAAGGAGGAUCAGGGUCAACGAUAGAUCUGUGGCUUAAGUCGAGGUCCAUCAUCAUGGUCAAGGCCUUCCUCUCUGCCCUCACGGGUCUCUGUACCAUUCUGGCAGUACUGCUGGCCUUCUUGGCGUUCGCGACCGCGUACCUCGCCUUGCUCUCCCACCUCGGUCGCGCCAAAGGAGCAACACCGACACGACCGUCAGAACAGGAGAAGCGAUACACACUCGCAGUCGCUGCAGUCUCCUGCCUCCUGGUCAUUCUCCUCGCCUACACCGAAUCUCUCCCCUUCAUCUUGACCCUGACCUGCCUCGUCCUCUCGCAUCUGCCCUCAUCCUCUCUUCUCCCCAUUCCACCAUCGAUCAGCCUCGGGCUACCCUUAAUACCACAUGUCCUCCUCACUCUCCACCUUUCCCGCCUCCACCACGCCGCGCACCAGGCCCGAUCCCCGGCCAACCUCUUGCCGGGCGGUAGGUUGAGCUGGGAUCACGAUCCAGCGAUCCUCGAUGCGGGGUAUGGGGCACGAGAAACGCUAAUGCUGUUCCUGGGGAUGGUGUGGGGGACGCCGAUGGUGCGAGGAACAUUUUGGCUGGCAAGGCAGAGAGUCUGGAUCGACGAGGCUAGUAGAAGACUUUUACCUACGGCAAACGCGCCGGCGAGAAGAGAGUAGGACUCUAUGCGCACGCUCUGCAGCGCAGUUGAGCAUGAACUUCGACUCAGGAAUAGAUUAAUGCAAAUGAUGCUUGGACGACGAUAUAGCACAAGCGGCUGCUUGGGGGGCCCCGUCGAAUCCCUGCAUUUAUACACAGCAUUGCCUGCUCUGCUUGUCCGUCUACAUAUUGUCCAGAAUGACUCC